CAUCGAUCAGAUUUUGAUUACAACCAGUAAUUCGUCGACGCAAGCAGUUACGCAACUCGAUCCGGCUAAUGCGUUCAUCGGUGACGAUCGCAAUCCAAACUUAUUGCCAUUGGCUCGAAGCAACAUGCCACAGUGAAUACACAUCCUCGACGUUACUGUAUAGAGUCAGACUGCGGUGCAACCACCCAAAUGCACUACCACCAAUCAGCACUCGUAUCCGCAUCCCUUCGCCACUAGAACCCUUUCGUUUUUGAGCUCAAUCCCACAGAUCCGACGAAAGAUGGAGUCCACCGUGCUGGUCUGCAUCGUCUUAGGCCUCAUCAGCGCCCUGCUCGCACUCGACACUGCUGCGUGCGUCGGAGACUUCGAAGCCGCCUGCGUCAUGUCCCCGCCCGCCAACAUGGUGACGCUUAUCCUCAGUUCAGUGACACUAGUGCCCGUCGGUGCGUGUCUGAUCACAGCGUGGCUGGACGCACACGAUACAACCAACGGAGAGCAGCAGCAUCUACUGAGUAGCGAUGCAACAAGCGCAACGACCAAGCGCCCGAGACGAGUGAUCACGUAUCUGUACGCCAGUCACCUGCUGUCUGCUUGGGGAGACCGUAUAUGGGGCUUCGCGGUGCCCAUUUUGUUCAUGGAUAUCUUCGUGGAUACCCUGCUACCCAGUGCAGCCUUCUCACUAGCCAUGUACAUUGUGUGCAUCUUCAUGAUCCCAACCGUGGGGCAUCAUUUGGACCGCUGGAAUCGCUGGACUGCCAUGAAGUACGCCAUCAUUCUGGAAAACUUGAUGAUCAUAGUCAACUCCAUCAUUUUAGGCUUGAUCUUACUCGUGACGAACGCUGAUGGAGUGCACAAGCCGGAGUGGACGUGGUCUUUGAUACUGAUGUUUGCAGGCACGUUGGUGUGCGGAGGAGUGGGGCAGGUGCUGAACGACGCACAGACUUUGGGUAUUGAACGCGACUGGGUCGUGGUCAUCGCUGGACCGGAUAAUUCAACGGCUCUGGCCAAACUCAACACGACCAUGCGUCGUAUCGAUCUGAGCUGCAACAUUCUGGGUCCAAUGGCUUUUGGUUUCAUUGUGGACUUCACAGGCGGCGAUGCUACUACUCGAGCUAUGGUUGGUGCAGCAGUGGUGGGUCUUUGGAAUUUAAUCUCCACUCCGCUAGAGUAUUGUAUGACCCACGACAUCUACCACCUCGUGCCUGAGUUGGCUGUACGUGCAACUGUGGAAGAGGAGCAUGAAGUCGAUAGCAAGGGGGAGAAGGUGACGUCUCCGACUUCCAGUGAAUUGGGUACUAUCGCCCGGUACGCCAAAAUGUGGUCCAACUACGUGAAACAUCCGGUAUUCCUAGUUAGUUUUUCGUUUUGUGCAUUGUACAUGACGAUCCUUAGUGGGGGAGCGUUGAACACUGCAUAUCUAAAGUGGCGUGGAAUUUCUAACGCGCUUUUGGGUGCCAGUCGUGGCGCUGGAGCUGUGACUGGACUCGUGGGAACGCUGAUCUUCCCUUGUCUGCGGAACAGUAUGAAGCGAGUGGAGCGCGUUGUUGUGUUGAGUGUGUGGAUCUUUUGGCUGUGUUUGGUGCCAGUACUGGUUUCUUUCCUCGUCACGGGCGAGUCCGUCGUAUCCGACUACGUUAUGCUGGUUUGCGUGGUGAUUUCGCGUGCUUGGCUCUGGAGUACCGACCUGGCUGAGACCCAGAUUAUGCAGGAGUGGAUCGCUCCAAACCAACGCGGAGCCAUCAACUCGAUGCAGACAGCGACGUACCAGUUCUUUUUCAUACUGAUUCAGCUAUCGGGCGUGGUUUUCCAUGACCCACGCCAAUUUGAGGCGCUUGUAUUUUUCUCUCUGGCCGCUGUUCUUGCUGCAGCCGUGGGGUUCACGUACUGGGGAAUCAAGUACGGCCGCCACCGUGACAUUUACGUUACGACGAAGACAGGAUCUUCGAAAGCGUAAGUUGUCGAGAUUAAUAGCAAGAGGCUUGAGGCGAAUUUUUUUUUAUAAAAAUCCUUCCCUCAGCAUCUAUAUUUUUUUCUUCAGCA